GUACUACUAGUAGUUCGCCUCAGUAUUCCGCGAUACCUCCACGAAGCGCGGCUGCUUCGCUCCCUCGUGCUUCUGACAUCGUCCGCGCGUUUUUCAAUAGCAAUUCGAAUAACGAUCCUUUGAUAAUGAUAAGAAUUACCGUUCCGUUGCACCGUCGUAUUGAGUGAAUUCGUGCCUCGGUUCCACAACGCAAACGGCAACCAAUCUUGCGAUAUGCUUUGCUCUUUAACCGAACGGAUUUAUUAACUCGUCGCACGUUGCUAUACUAAAAGUGGACUGACGUUUUCGCAUUGCGAGGAAUAGAAAGACUUGAACUCCUGACAUUGCGAAAAGAGAUUGCGGCAGUUGAUUUCGGCCUGCAACGAUGGCAGAACCGAUCGUUGAGUGAGCUCUCCUCGAAGAUCAAACGACUGCAAUAUUCCGUUAAAGUUUGUGCCAACGAACUGAGUUUAACAAAGAACAAUAACUGUUUCAACAGCAGCGGCGGUGUUGAUGUAACGAACAGUAGUAAAAAUAACAAUCGAUCGUUCAACCUGUGAAAAGUCUCGUUCGAGUAUAUCACAGAUCGAGACCAGUAGUGCUCCUUAAUACGAUAAAUAAUGAGUGUUUUAAUGAGAAAAACGGAGCAAUAUACGAGGCCGUUAUAGUCAACAACGACGGAGCUUUAUUUCGGACAAAAGAAGAAUAAGUGCUUACCACCUUAAAGGAAGUUUCGUACGAGCACUUUGCUACGAGGAAAGUAUAAGAUCGAAAUCGCUUCGAAGCACGGGCAAAUCGUAAAUCGUUGAAGGGUGCGAGGAACCCUCGACCCCUUCCCGAGAAGAAAAGCCUCGAGCAUCUUUCGGAUUCGUGAUUUCGCGAGGCUCGCCAACAUUUUUCGGGCGCGGUUUCCACCAUCGAGGUUCAUCAGGACCACGAAAAAGGUGCUCGAGUUCUUUCGAUGAAGCACGCGAAAUACUUUGGAGUAUUCGUGAAAGCUCGUGAAAGUACAACCGAGAAUUAAGCAAUUGCCAAAAAGAUCAUAAAAAUACUUACAAAAUCAGUGUUAUCGAGAGCAAAGAGCUCAGCAUCUCAGCAUCACCCCGGUUCGAAAAAGCAUCGGUCACAACGAAAGCUCAACGAUGAGCGAUGAAAUUCCGCGCCGUCGAAAGACCAGGUCGGCUUCGAUAUGCGCACCCGGUUUCUCUUCCAUGGAACAGAUGCUCGGUGCCAUUCCACCUUCCGGUGUCAAAGAAAAAGAUCGGGACAGCAGCGGCGGGACACCGGACAGCAACACACCUACGAGACGACGCAGACCAGCGACGAGAUCUCAAAGCGCUAGAGUCUCCGGUGGCAAUAAGAGCAUCCGACGAAGAGCUGCUGCGCAAGCAGCUGCUCAACAUCAUCAUCACGAGGGUAGCGUUAAAUCUCCUCAUUGCAGCAGCGAGCCAAGACUCACCGACAAUGAGCCUAGUCCGGGAUUGCGGAGAAGAGGGAGUCGGAGAGGCCAGAGUAUGCAUCAUGCGCAUCAAAGGAAGAGUAAUGCUUUUUUGGACGUACCUGACACGAGUUCGCAGAUGCCAAGACGAGAGGAAGGCGAAGACGAGGAUAGCUAUCGUUUGAGGAGCUUCAGUCUAACCAGCAAAGGGGUCGUAAACAGAGGCGAUUCCUUCAGGAGAAGAAGAUCAAGAUCAAACUCCCUCGCGCCAGCUGAAUGUGAGGCGGAGGUUAAGCCAUCGUCACCUCCCAAAGAAGUUGUAUCCUACACUGUCGGAAUGCUCGGAGCUCGGGGUGUCGGGAAAACUGCUCUCAUUAGCCAGUUCAUGACCAGCGAGUGUAUAAACGCUUAUGACAGACAAAAAGAUGUCCCCAGCGAGCAAUCAGUUUUCGUGAUGUUGAACGGAGAAGAAAGUGAGCUCAGGUUUCUCAACAUUACUAAUUUGAAGGCUGAAUUGGAAAAAAUACCACAUCCGGAUGCCUUCGUAAUAAUGUACUCGGUUAUCGACAAAGCCUCGUUCCAAAGAGCCGAGGAGUACCUCGCGAGACUUCACGAUCAGGACCUGUUACGCGGCAGACCAGCGAUUCUCGUCGGCAACAAGGUCGAUCUUGUGAGGUCGAGAUCCGUCUCUACUCAAGAUGGAAAAUGUAUGGCUUGCACAUAUCGCGCCAAAUUCAUCGAAAUAUCGGUUGGCAUAAAUCACAACGUGGACGACCUUCUCGUUGGGAUUUUAAACCAAAUUCGGCUGAAGGUCGUUCAGGGUCAUCUGGAAAAUCGUAGCAGCGGAGGCGGCGGUGGGAGCGAGGGAAGCGGUCACUGGUACAAAUCGCGGGGAGUCGUUCGGGCGAGUAUGAAAGCGAGACAAAUGCUGACCUGGCUCUUCGGUAAGGAGGAUAGCAAAUUCAAGAACUGCGAAAAUCUUCACGUGCUUUAAAAAAUAAUGAGACAAGAAGGAGAAAGAGAGGAGGAGCAGGAAAGAUAAACAUAAUCGUACGUGUGGGCACGAGAAAAGGGGUAAGAAUUGGUACGAGCACACAUACGACAAUGGAAUAUUAAACUUUUUCAUUUGUAUAAUCACGACUAUGUUGAUAAUAAAAUUAUUGAAAUUUCAUACUUUGGUAUAUAUUUUAAGAAUGUUACAUAUUUUAAUCGUAGUAUUGACGUGGUUCUGAAAUAUUAUUAGGAAAAAUGAUAACGGAGGGGCUGCGACGAAUCGAUUUUUAUGAAUGUGCCAAUCCUCGCGAUUAAUCAAACUUGAGGCAAUUACCGUAAUAUUAACUGUUGUCAUUGAUAUAUGUGCGACUGUUGAAGGUGGCUCGAUUUUUAGCGCAUAUUCGCGUCGCGAAAAUUGUGCAUAGAUGUAUAUCAAUAUUAGUAACGACUGCAAUAUCAGUGGAGUGAUUUUGGAGAUAAAAAAAAAAAAAUCAAAUAAAAACAUUAAUAUCAGAAACAAAAGAAACUAUUGGACCGAACUACGCGAUAAUAUUAGGUUAUAUUUCUGAUAAAUCGUGCGUAUAUAGUUGAAGAGAAAUGAUGUUAUCAGAUAGAUCGAUUGGAGAGUGACUCUCGUUGGGGUGCUCCAUUUGAAGAAACAAUUCACAAGCGCCAUUUCGCUAUUGUUCGAAUAGAAUAAAAAAACGAAUUGAAAAAAAACAUGAAUCCCUGCAAGACCAAAGUAGGUUCCUAUUACGUGAUCCAUUCGAAAAUAAUUUUUUUUUUGUUACUCGUGCGUACUUCGUUGUUAAUUUAUCAUGUUACUGUUUUAUAUGAUGUAUAUAAAAUACACGUUACCGUGGAAAAAAAAGAAACAAUAACAUUGAUAUGGAUGAUAAUAAUUUUGAAAACAUUAUGUGUCGACGUAGAAAUGACUUACAUAAACUAUGAAAAAGUUCUUACGAUAAUGUUGGACAAAGGAUAUUGUAAUUUAAAUUACGCAAUGACAUUCGUAAGAAAUAUACCCGAGUUUAAUAAUACGUGAACAGCCGAUUUUCAGGUAUAAUUUACAUUUAAAGUGGAGCGAAUAAUUUAAAGAAUACAAAUUUCUUCCAAUGACUCAUUUUUUCAAAGUUUCGAGUGAAAUUUUCAGUCGACGUUUCGAGUCGUUUUGCGCUAACGGAGUUGAUUUCAAUGCCUGUUCGUUGAUGAUCCAACAAAACGUGGCUGAUUAAAAUAAGCGGCCGGAGUGUGGGACGAAAGGGCCUUAAAGAUGGAAUUUUCCUAUUUAGAUUUUUAUCCAUUUAUCCCAAGGUACUUUAUCCAGUAUGUUUUCAAAUGUGACCAAUAAAUAUACAAUCAAACCCAAACGAUAUUUGGCGAACAUUCGUAAAAGUGAAUUUUAUUGUCACGUGCAAAAAUGCAGCUCGCUCUUUUAUCGUAACGAUUUUUUUCUUUCUCACGACCAAAUUAUUAUGUAUGGAUAAGAAUAGUAUAAGAACGAAAAUAUUCAUUCUUAUGAUAAUGGAAUACAAAUUUCUUAUAUUCAAAUUUAUGUGGAGAUUAUAUUUAAAUAAAACAGUCGUAGAAACUGUUAAUGUUAAGGGGAGAGGUCAGGAAUAAAUUUGAAAGAUUUAUAUUUCUGGAAAGAGCACGUAAAGAAAUAAACAUAUGCUUGGAAAUGGUAACAAACGGCGAUCAAGCUGUCUAAGAUUCUUACAAAGUGCCUUUUAAGUAUUUUUUUAAAAUAUAAGAUUAACGGGUAAUCGAUGUAAUCCUGAUCGUUAUUACAAUCGGUAUCAACAUAAGAUAUUCAGCUAUUAUCAUUGAAUUAUUCAUCUUCGAUAAUUAGAAACGAUCAUCUAUGAUUAUCAAUGUUGUUAUUAUCCACUUACACUACUAUAUUACUGGCUGGCUAAUGUAAAAAAAAAAUAUAUAUAUAUAUAUACUAUAUGUCUUAUAUAGAAGAAAAAAAAUUCAAAGAAAUACGAUCAAAAUAAAAAGGAAGAGCAUAAGGACGAAGAUUCGAAAAUUUUUGAUAAAUUCCUCGAUAUCCUUCGUGUAUCGGAACUUGAAAAAAAAAUUUUUUAUUUCAAUUAUUCAUACUCUUAACGUAUUGUUUUUGUUUUUUUUUUUUUGUUUCGUAUUGCAAUGUAUUCUGUAUAAAAUCGUGUCUGCUCGCUACAUUAAGUGACGUGACAAUACUGCCAACAAUUUGGAUAAUAAAAUGUUUGAAAAAGGAA